CCUGUCGCGAUGCACUUUUUGCCGCCCAUUCAAUUGCUAUACUGCAUCCAUUAUCUUCCUGGCAACCGGUCUCGUUUUCCUAUCCCGAUCAGAUCUUUACAGCUGCUAUCAAGCAAUUCGUCAUGUCAGCAGCUACCCUUGAAUCGGAUCUCGAGCGCGGCAUCAUGCCUACGCCUCGGGGUUACACCACGCUGAGAGACUCGGAAUAUGCAUUCAUACAUGUGUUUAGCGGGAGAGACAAAGCAUCCGAGGCGCGCAGAAAACUCCAGAUCGAAUGGGACUCGUCGGCCCUUGUCAACCCCAAAUUUGACGAAUACGAAGGUGACAGAAGCGAUCCGAUGCAACGGCUUGUUCUCGUUUUCAUCUCAGGCUUCUUCACGGAUGGCACCGACUUUAUCUAUAUGAUUGAAGGCGCAGACGACAUGUCCAAAUUCUGGCUCGGGACUUUCAGUGGAAAGAGCUACAACCGACCGUGUUGGGCUUCACCUGUUACAGUGUAUGAAUUCGAUGAGAUAUUUUCGAGUCCUGGUCUCGAGGCGGAGUUUUCGGGGGAGGUAUCGAAGACGGAAACCAAGGGUCUGAGAUGGAAAUAUCACUACGAAUCGGGCCUAGAAGCAUGGUCUUCAUUGGUUUUCAGCCAAGAAAGAUAUGAACAAAUCAAGCAAGCGGACGAGGAUCAUGUUCGAGAGUUGAGUUUGCAAGCGCAGAAGACAAGUGAGGAGAAGGGAAAACAGGGAGAAAAACAAGACGGAAAAGAAGAGGAAAAGAAAGAAGAAGAAGAAGGAAGUAAAGAAGGCGAAGUGCGAAUACCGGAACAAGGGGACAGCGGCAGAUCAGAAGAGGGUACGGACGAUGGACAUGGCGACGACGGCAGCGAUGCCACGACUUGA